AUGAUGGAUGUAAGGGAAAAGACUGAUACAGUUUUAGCUUUUGCUGAUGAUGUUAUUGCAUCAAUCGGUGUUGCUUCUUCAGUAACUGGAAUCCAGUCAUAUUCUCAAUUUGAUAAAUUAAAUUCGAUUGUGGUAUGUUUUAAUGGAGCUGAUAAAUCAAUUCAAACAGAGCUUUUUUCUUUAAGUAAAGCUACUCAGAGCUAUAUAUCUACAAAAAACACAGGAGUACAAGUGGCAUCAGUGAGUGUUCAUAAAGGUACACAAAUCGAUUUAUCUCAAUCUUCUGCGUCAACUCAGACAGAUAUGGAUAUUUCCGUUGAAGUUGUAGGAGAUUUGUUAAGAAAUGGCAUAAACAUGUUUUUUACAAAGUUGUUAAGGCUUGAGGGAUUAUGCAUAAACUUAUUGGGUCGUUUGGGUAACUGUGGCUCUGAGUUAUGUAGAUUGUCACAUGUUGUGAAUUCACUUAAGAAUUCAGAAAAGCUUGCAAAAGAAAAAUUAAAUACGGCGCAUGUGGCUUUAAUGAUAAGUUCUUUAGUGAUGUUAGAAUUAGAACAUAGAAAUUCUCUAAUUGAAGAAGAAAGGGAUUUACGCUACAAUAUAGUUUCUAUCGCUCAUAGUGCCGCGAUGGCUUUUUAUAAGGAGUCUGAAACAGCGUUUUUAUUUACUAGAAGUGAAUUGUUUGACAAGUUAGAUUACAUAGAAGUUCUACAAAAGCAGUUAUGUGAUCAUAAAGAAGAAAAUGGUAGUAUGACUAAUAAUACUACAAUUGCUAUUUCUAGUACUAAUACUACUAAUAUCAUAGAUACAAAUGAAGGACGUGAUUGUUUAUCGGGAAGAAACUUUACGUGUUUUGAGGACGGUAAUGAUUCUAUGAAGGAUAUGAAACAGUUGCUAACAGAGUGUUGGGUCCUUUUGGGACAAGAUACAUAG